UUUAAGUGCCAUAAGAUGUCGCAGCAAUCGUGCGCAAGCGCCUCACGAGGGAUGAGUAGAUUCCUCGCUAAGUAAGCGCACAGUCGAGCGUUAGUACGCGAAGCUGCCGUUUCGUUUGUUCGGCGGUUCUCGGCAAACUUCGGUUUCGUAUUGUAAUUGACGAGUAGUAGGGGUAACCUGGAUCGAGCAUAGAGUAAUAGACAGAGAAAGAGAGAGAGAAAGCAAGAUAGAAAUCAGACCAGGACGGUGCAGAGAGCGGAGACCAGCGUGUCUCCUCUCGUGCAUGCGUUCGCUUGUCAGGACUGUGUGUGUGUGUGUAUACAACACAAAGAAAGAGACAAAAAGACGUAUGCGUGGCGCGGUGAGAAACGUGUUACGAACAGUGACAGACAAGAUGGCGGUGUACUUUGUGCAGUGGUAGUAAUAGUGGUGCGUAGAGCACAUUAAAAAGAGUAGUGGAACGAAGGGGGUUAGUAAAGGGUUGGCAGCUGGUUAGUAUGGAACCAGCUCUGACGUCGACCACGAGACGUCGCGGUCAUCAACAUCAUCCGCGACACGCUACGCGCCGACGUCUCGACGCCUCCAGCAGAGGACCCGCGCAGUGUGGCCCUGCUGAUAUCGUUAAAGAUACGGCGAUCAGAAACAAUGAAACAUCAACAACUACAACGUCACCGAAGCUUGAUGAAAAAAGCAAUGUCAUCGAUACAGAAUGUUCCACUGCGGUGACAGUGCCCACAAUCGGCACGAGGUGGCUUCGUGAUCCGACGGCCACGGUGUCUACGAAAGAUGUAACAUCGAAUGAAGAUUCAAACAAGAUAAAAUAUAAUAUUGAGCAUGAUAGAGAAGAAAACAUCCGUCAUAGGCUCGCGCAGUGUAGCCUGGAUGUUAUUGACGAACGACACGAACAAUUUGUUCGCAAAAGAAACGAAAAUGAGAACUUUGAUAGUUAUAAAAUGGAAAAAGUAUUGGACAAUUCUGAAUCAAAAUCAUGUGGAAAUGAAAUAUGCGAAAAUGAAUCUGACGAAGAAAAGAGAAACAAUGAAAAUUCGCCAGAGCCUGAGCACGCGGUCGCGAGGGCUCGCGGUGAUGGAAACUCUGACGACGAAUCAACUAAUGUCGAGGAGGAUCCUGAACUUGCUGAACUUGCCAAAUUGAGAUGUCCUAGCGAAAGAACCGAGGUACAAGCUGAAAGAGAAGCUAAAAGAAGAAAAAGAUGCGCUGAUUAUCCUGGAUUAGCCUUUGGAUGGUCUAUAUUCUCCAGCGACACAAUGAUGAAAUUCGGUCUCAUAAGGAACGAAUUGCAGAAUAUUAUGGGAAACCAGCUAAAACGGGCUGAGUCCGAAGUAGCCGCUCUGAAUCGUCGUAUCCAAUUGUUGGAGGAGGAUCUUGAGAGAUCGGAGGAACGCCUUGCAACGGCCACUGCUAAAUUGGCAGAGGCGUCGCAAGCAGCGGAUGAGAGCGAACGGAUACGCAAGGCACUCGAAAACCGUACCAAUAUGGAAGAUGACCGGGUAUCCCUGUUGGAGCAGCAGCUAGCACAGGCUAAACUGAUCGCCGAGGAGGCGGAUAAAAAAUACGAGGAGGUUGCCAGAAAACUAGUCAUGAUGGAACAAGAUCUCGAGCGCGCCGAGGAGAAGGCGGAACUUUCAGAAGGGUAAGUAGUUUGUGCAUGUGUUAUUUGUUCAUUUUUUUUUACUUUUUUCCUUCAACUUAAGGCUAAAAGCUUGUUUAAUA